CUCCACUUUCUGUUCAACCCUCCACUUGCCUGCUGAACAUAGACUGGACAAACAGAACUGGUGAGUGAGGAGAGUGUACAAAUGAAUGUGACAGACUUUUUUCAGUGCCUAUUUGGACUUCAGCUUAUUUUGUUUUCUUAACUGGACACCAGCAAUGUCUGAAAGCAUUGUGAGGAAGGUCCAGCCCUUCACCAUUGGGACGAGGCUGUCAGUCCCGGCUGUGCCAAAAUGCCAGGAGUUUACACAGAGUUAUCUGCAGAGCCAGAGUCUGGAUAACUGCACUCUACAGCACAACCUGAACUCGCUCUACCUCAGUCGAUCCCAGGUCUGUGCACAUGGCCCCUGCCUCGUCUCACCCAUCGUCAAGCAGGUAGCCCUUGUGAAACACAAACAGGAGGACAUGGCAGCUGAGGACCACCUGAACCAGAAUGUUGCCUCUCCAUCUGCUGUCUCCAGAUCCAUCAAGAAGAUCACAAUCUCCGGGAGUAAAGACAGAUCAGAGAACAAGGUGUCAGUGGGACCAGCACCGCUUUCAGUCGCAGGGUCCUCGUCUGAAAACAACAAUAACAACAACAAUGUCACCAGCACAUCCGAUCCACAUCUGCCCAGGAUUGUGGGUGUGAGCUGUGAGAAUAAGCCCAAUUCUCACUUCAAGGUUUUACUCAGACCAGACAGCAGUGAUGAAUUUCAGGCCACGCAGGGACAAACCAGGCCCAAACUGGACGGACAGAAAUCCGUCCAACAGAUUUCAAUGCCUGAAUCGCAGAAGAAAGAGCCUCAGAGGAAAGAAAGUCAUCUACACACACAGAAUGAAGCGUCUGCAGCUGUUAAGUCCCAGAGUGACUGCUUCACUCAUCGCAACUCACUCUUCAACAAGGAAGUACUGCAGGCAGAGGCGUGGAUCAAAGGCAAGCUGCAGGACCUGAAGGAUGGAUGUGAUAUUCAGCGCUGCCCCCUGCAGGACUGGGAGGAAGCCUCGCAGACGCUUCAGAGAGACCUCAAAGACUUUGAGAACACCCUAAUUCAACUCAGCCAGAUGGGUGAGCAUUUGAUCUGUAAGCAGAAUCCCACCUCUGAACUCGUGAAGAAACAGCUCAGCCAGCUCAGGGACCAAUGGCAGACCCUGAAACAGACGGCUGCGAAUCAGACGAGGGCCCUGGGCGGAGCCAAGAUCCUGCAGGAGUUCAACAAAAAAGUGGACAAGCUGGAGGCAUGGAUUAAAGAGAAGCAGGAAGAGGAGCAGUCUCUGGUGAAUGUCCUCGGGGAAAAUGUUGACAAAAUGCAGCUGACCAGGAGAAUUUUAGAUCUGAAACAGGAUGAGCAGCUAAACAGAAACCUCCAUGAGGAGAUCAACCACUUGGCCCUGAAACUGGAGAAACACGGGAAGACAGAUGGCAAAAACAUCUCCAGCAGGAGGAAACACAUCAAUAAAAUGUGGCUGAAGGUCCAGUCUCAUCUGAAAAACUACCAUGAAACUCUUCAGCUGGCACUGGAGGUUUCCUCGUUCUACCAACAGGCUGAUAAUACGUUGUUUGCUAUUAAUAACAUGAGGAAAAGCAUAUCUGCAUCCGAAGAGCUGGACAGCUGCGGAGAUAGAGAGAUACGUGACAUCGCCAGUCAAAUCAUGAUGCUAGAUGUGAGCGUGUCCCAGCUGUCUAAUCUCCAUCCUGCCCUGGCUGCCGGCGUCACACAGAAGCAGAGUGAGGUGAAGGACUGCUGGGCGCUUCUUCAGAAGGUUUUCAGGAGUGACAGGACCACACUCUCUCCCACUGGCUCCACUUUCACCAGGGAAGAUGCUGACCCCCUGACACCGGCCCGAGAACCCCAGUGCAAUGUGGGAACAGAGGCACAAAGAAUCAUGGGAAAGGAGGUGAAGGAGGAGCAGAAUCGUCUGAAAGGCUGCGUGAGUACUGUUGAAUGUGGGAUUGGUAGGAGAACACCGGGCAACCAAAGCCAGGAGCAGCAAUCAGUGAACCACACCUCUUCACCCAUGGGAGACGGCCCUGCCUUUGCAAAUGAUGUCAUCGUCAGACAUCAAUUGAAGGGGGAAAGCAGGAAGCCCAGAGCAGAGCCCAAGCUUGCCACCGCCCCGCGAGGCCACCCACAGCUUCAUAUACAGCUCCAGAAGUUCACCGUGUCUGCUGACAAGACUUUGUCCUGGCUGAAGGACAAUGUGUCCAUGGCCACACAGGUGUGUUCAAUAGCUAACUUUGAGGGGCCAGAGGCAGCCAGGAGGUGUCAACACGCUCUGGAACAAGAAAUCGUCACCAACAGGGCCAGGAUAGAAGUGGUCAAAAGGGAGGGCCGCGGGCUAGUCCGUGCACAGCACCCAGGCAGCGCCAAGAUCGAGGAGUUCCUCGGCCAGCUGGAAGUCCUGUGGGAAGAGCUGCGGAGGAGGCACCAGAGGAACGCUGUGUUUCUACAGGCAUCAGAGGAGCUGGGUUUUAGGGUUGUAAAAGUGCUUCAGGCCCUGGGCAGCCUGGAGGCCUGGCUGGAGUCCGUGGAGCUUUCCAUGAAGGAAUCUGCUCUAGCCGGUGACCCUGAAACAAUGAGCAUGGCUGAGAGGGAGAGCUGUCUGCUGGAGAAAGAGGUGGCAGCACGCAGCCUGGAGCUCAGUGCUCUGAGGCAGGAGGUGGACCGGCUCCACGGCCACAGUCCCCCACACACACGAGGCCUGCCAGCGCGAAUGGAGGAGGUGGAAAGAAAGUACCAUCGUGUCCAAAGUGCCCUGACCCAGCAGAAUUCAGAGCUGCAGGACACACGAAUGCUGACUGAGUUCCUGGAGCGUGUGGAGCUGGAGGAGAGCCAGGAGCUCAGCGGUAGUCAGUACAGCCUGGGCCAGCCUCUUCACAGUGAAAUUUCCUCAGCUCCUACACUGCUGGGACUCCAAAGCAGUGGCAGUGGUGAGCCCCUGAUAGAAAGCAUGGGGGACCCUGUGGAGGAACUACGAGAGGCUGUAGAGAUGCUGAAUGACACUGUUCGGGAAAGAGGCCGAUCUCAGAGCCACGACCAGGCCAUCCAGGAGCUGCUGAGCAAGCAUGCCAGCCUGGCGGUGCGAGUGGAGGAGUGCUUGUGCUGCAGCAAGGAGCUGAGCCUGGACAUCCUGGAGAAGGAGACAGACAUGGCCGUCCAGUGUGAGCCAGACCGCUGCGGCCUAGAGGCUCUGCAGGAGAAGCAGGACCACCUGGAGAUUGACUAUGAAAUCAUCAGGGAGGAGGUAAAGGAGAUGGAGAACCAGGCUUCUCGGUUGGAGGAGCUGUGCCCAGAGAGAGUGCACGUACUCGGGGCAAAGAUCCAGGCUAUGCUGCAGGGCUGGACAGAGCUGGGGAAGAGUGUGACGGAGAACAAAUCACGUCUGCAAGAGUUUGUGCAGCUCCAGGACUUCUUCAGGAGCUACCUUGCCAUGAUCUCAUGGACCGAAGACACCAGGUCGUGCAUUUUCUCAGAUACCGCCUUGCAUCUUGGGAAAGAUGGCCAGAAGCCACUUGCUGCAGAGCUGGACAUGCAGAUAGAGCACAAGUUUGAGGAGUUUGAUGAGCUGGUGGCCACAGGGAGGAACCUUUUAGACAAAGAACACCACCUCACGCAGAUGGUAAGAGAGCGCAUGGAGGAACUGAGGAGUAUGCUUGGGUGGAUCUUGGUGCACUGGAGGGCUCAGAAACAACAGUGGCUUCACAAGAAGAGCAGACAGGAGCCUUCACAAGAUAACAUUUAUUCAGAGGCCACAAUGUGCUCUCCAUUAACAGAGAGUUCAGAGCUAGAAGCCUACCAGUCCCACCAGUCCCCGUUCGUCACCUCCGAUGAAGACAAGUUAAAGGCAGCAGGAGACAGCCAGCCCUCAUCCCUGCCGCCCAGACAAGCUGAACAGCAGGAGGAGAAGCAGUUGGAGGAUGGAUAUGAGGUCAUGAACAGCAUCGGGCCAUGGGGCGGCGAGGCCACCUCCUCAAAGUCUCCCAAACCCUCCAUUGUGGUCCUCAAAGAGCCCAGCAGCCCUGCUUUAGGGAGCACGGUCAACCUCAUCCUUAGCUUUGGUAACACAGGGGAGAGCCAGGUUCAGGUGCUUGAUCUGCCUGCUAGGACGGAUGAGGUAGUGGAAGAGACCUCUGAGCCUGUCCACAGGCCCACUAUGCCUCAAUCUACUGCCUGUAAAAGCUUUUGGAGGCGCUGCCAGGGGCUUUUGGAAAAUACUUUGGGUAGUUUAAAGCGAAAGAGAAAGAUUUAUCAACAGAGUGCAAACGAGGUAAGUACCUACUUGCAUGUCAAGGAUAACAACUUGGCCGUGGCCCCUGUGUAUGAGAGUAUCACCCUUCCCCGCCAAAAGCGCUGCUCUGCAGCUUCAGCCUCCCCUACUUUCUUGCCAUCCUCCUCCUCCUCACCAUCUUCCUCAGUGUCUGCACCUCAGAUGGCUAACGUGACCUUCCACCCUUUGACGGGGAGCGGCACCAGCUCCAUCUUCAGCAGUCUUAAGAGAAUGGGCAAGAAGAGAAAGAGGAAGAAAGAUGCACGCAGACACACUAUCCAGAAAAUCAUGGGAGUGGAAGAGCAAACAGAAGGGUUGCCGCACUAUGCCUGCGAGACAAUCACAUAUGACACACAUACAUGGCCACUGAAGGAAGGCAGAAGGAAGAAGAGUUCACCAAAGAGUGGGGAUGGGGUAGAAGCUAUGGCCUAUAUGAAGAAUCCCCUGCUGAAGGACAUUGAUACAGAAUGUUCAGGGGAAUACAGCAUUAUUCCAUAUGCCGUAUCAGAGGGGCCAACCACUUUGCCCUCCACAAAUCAUGUGAGAAGCCACUGCAGAUUCCUCUCUUUGGGCUCUGUGCUGAGCUUCGACCUACCUAAGGACAUGACCCUCAUCCCAAGCAUUCAGGACAUCAUUACCAUCGCCCCUCCGGAGUCCAAAAAAGGUGCAGGGACUGAUCCGGACCCCCUCUCCCAGAGACACACAGCCCUGAGCUCUUUCAAACAGACUCGACCCACUCCUGCCGUCACACACAGUCCAGCAGAUAUCAGCUUUUCUGAAACACAGACUUCGACGGUUGUAGCGAAAGGUCUGCGUGAUGUGGACAAGAGUUUCCAACCACCACGUCCUCUUUCCCUGGAAGAGGAUGAAGACCAGACUGUACCAUGUAACAGCCUAUCUAAAACCCAGUUCAUUCUGCAUGAGGAUGCAGAGCAGGAGUGGGACAAAAUGUCAUCAGAGGGUAAAACCAGUACAGCUGAAAGGGAUGGAACCAGACAGCCUUCCCAGCUCCCUAUUUAUGUGAACCAAGCCCAAAGUACAGCUGAACAUAAACACGGGUGCCCUAGUGUCCAUACACUCAUUCGAGACCUAAAUGGACACCAGUACCAUAAAAAUACAAGACCCCAGAGUGUGCGUGAAGAGAGUCCUGGACUUCCUGGUCCUCUGAGCCAAGCUUCUCACAUGGUAGUGAAUCUGAAGUCAACAGUGAGUGUGAGUGUUCGUCAGGACUCAGUAGACUCUGGAAUCUCCACCUCCAGCAGUAUCAAGCUUUGCACUGAUGCUCCAUGUCCAGAUAACCCCCAGCCCAAGGGAGUGGUGGGGACGCUCAUGUCCCUUAAAGUUGGAGGUAUAGACUGCACUAAAAUGAGGGAGAACACUGUAACAUCAUGGGGUCCAUCAACAGACUCAGCAGAGCUGGAAACAGAGCCUGUCCACCUCGACCACCAGCAGUUUCAGGAGGAAGAAGAAGAACUGGAGGACAUCUGGAACCAGACUACUAACUACAGACAGAGCAUCUGCUCAGACAUCAUGUACCAGCCCAACCAGGAAGAGUCUGAACCCUCAGACCAAUCCAAAGAGCCCCUUUCUUGCUCACCUUCACCUAAGACCCCGGCUGUCCUCUACAGGAACCUGGCCACAGCCUCAGCACCCAACCUCCUCGUGGCCGAGUUUAGACUGCCCCCCUACAUUCAGAGCUUGCUGGGUUACGACAAGGAGCAGAGUCCCAAAGGUCACCUCCCUCCACUGGCCAUAGGAGACAGGAGGUCCUGGGCAGCCUUUCCUAACAAGGAACCGGCCAGCAAGACCUCAGUGACAGUGAACGAGACGGCAUCUGAUCCAGUGAAGCUGCCAGAUGUAGGGGACAACCAGAGAUAUAUUUAUCAAUACAGAGAGGAUGAGGAGGAGGAAGAGGAGGCAAAGGUGGGGGAGGAGGUGGAUGAGCACACAGGUUGUUCGAAGGACCAGUCAAUGAGUCUACUGUCAGUUCAUAUGGGUUUGGAUGGCAUCUGUCAGCAAAGAAAAGCCUCACAAAGCCUGGACAACAUGGAGAAGCAGGAAGAAUCAAUGGCCACAGGAGGGCACUGUAGCACCGUGAGUGGAAAGCCUGAGCUGCAGUCUAUGGAGGGAAUGCUUGAGAGGAAGCACAAGCUGCAGUUGGGAGGAAAGAAAGCGGCCUCCAGAGGCUGGAACUCCUACCAUGCCGUCCUAUAUAGGCAAACCUUGUGCUUCUACCAGGAUAGAAAGGAGACACUGAGGAGCUCUGCCUGUGGCCUGCCGCUGAACCUCAUGGGAGCUGAGUGUUCACCUGCACCAGAGUACACCAAAAAACCCAACUGCUUUCGACUACGGCUCCGUGAUGGGUCUGAAUAUCUGCUCAAUGUCUCCUCACGCUUUAUGAUGAAGAAAUGGAUGAUGAAAAUACAAACAAACACAGGUCAGAAUGAGUCUCUGUCUUCAUUAUCAAGUGUCCCAGCUGAUCAAGACCUCCCCAUUUCCUUGAACCCUUCCAUCUGCUCCGGUUGUCAUGGUCUUGCCAAAUGCCACUGCUCCUCCCGACAUGAUGUCACCUCCACGUUACUCGGGCGCAAACCACCGGGCGCCGCCCAAACCAAAGAGAUUGUUGUCCUCACCAGAGAGUUCAGUCACAUGCCACAGAGUCAUUUAAGGAGUGUGGAAGAGCAGUCGACCGUCUCAUCAUCAGAUGGAGGCUGCUGUGAUGAUGAUGAAGGCAGUUUUAAGCAGACAAUGACUCACAGACUGUCAGGAGCAUCCAGAGACAACACCUCCUCCCCCCCUCACUCCCCUGUAUCCAGUGGUCAGGACUGGCUCAGCAACAAGCACCGUUCUCACUCCUUCACAUCAGCAACUUUUCAGAAGAUCAAACCUAUGUUGCACACCCCUGGAGGCAGAGGCCUGGAAAGAGGCUCCAACUACUGUGUGACUCUUGUAGUUGGAGACAAGUCAUCAGACAGUCCAUCCAUAAGCAGAAGCUCUGAGCCCCCGCUGCUGGCCUUAGCUGGAUGGCAGCAGGACACCUAUCAGGACUCUGCUCUGAGGAGCUACGCCAGCCUGCCACAGUCACGCAACAAGUCCGUCUUCAAAAAGUUCUUCGGAAAAAGGGACGUCUGAGUUUUUCAAAUGAUGAUUUUACCAAUAAAGGAUUUUACAAAUAGUUUCUAAUGUGCAGUGCACAUAUUUGUUGAAAAGCAAAAAACUUUACUACUGACUAUAUUUAUAAUUGGAAGAGUUAUCACGAUUUUAUUUUUGAUGUGUUUUAUAUAAAUCACUUCAUGGGCUGAAAAGUCCUUAUAAUAAGUACUUUUUAUGAGUGUUUAUAUUGGUGAUAUUGUUCUUAAAGGAACAAUACUGUGUGAGUGUGCACUGUGUAGUUGUAGAUUUGAUUAAUUGAAAAACAUGUUUUCUCACCAGUCUUAUUUUGUAUUUCCUUUUGUAUUGUUUUGGGAUUGUUGUGUUAUUGGGUUAACAGUCUCUGUAUAACGUAAACCUACCUGUUCAGUAGAGAAACCAUUUAGAAACCAAAUUUAGAGAAUAAUCCCAGUGAUAUCACCUUUGUUCAGUUAUGACCAAGUAUUAACAAUAUCCUGAACUCAUGACACUUACUGUACCAGAUCAUUAUAGCUCCCCUCCUUCACAUGUACAGUGUGUGCUGCAUCAAAACAUUUUCUUCCUUACACUAAAAUCAGCAGUUUGAUACUGCUUGAGCUUGUUUGGUAUUAACACUUUAAAUACUAAUUGUAGCAAAGACUAUUCAUAAUAAAACAUUUAAAAAAAAAAAUGAUUUGCUUCAGCUGUGAUUAAUGGAUGAAGAUAUUUAUUUUUAAUACAGUUGAAAAUGUCUGUUAUUCAGGCUUUGUUGUCAUCUCUGGAGGCUUUGAAGAGAAAAUGGAUUAGAUGAAGAGUGCAAGAUUAAAGGCCAGGCCAGACUAGGAACAUCUUCACAUCAUUAGCCUUAUUUUUGCAUAUUGAAAACCUGCCACCAUUCAAAGACAUGAUUCAACCAAAUCCAUAAUCAACAUUGUAUUUUCUACAGACAUAGCUGCAUAAUGAGUCAUAUGCAUAAAGAGUUUGCAAAAUGCUACUGUUUUGCAUUACAAAAUAUUCAGCGAUUCCCUGCAAGAUCUCUGAGGGACAGAUUAGCAACAGCAGAGAGGGAAAGAAAUGGGUCACUUUUUUUGGAAGAUUUUGACAACAUGAACAAGUAGAAAAGGCUAAAUUAUCUAAAGAAAACUUAAUUGUGCAUGCUCUGAAAAUUGCAGGUCCAAACACUAAACAGGUUGAAAGGUCAGUUAGUUGUGUACAUGUGCGAUGUUGUAUGGGAGUUGCAGUUGAAGUUUAAAAAGAGUAAGGAGUAAUUAAAGAGUAAUGAGUGCUGCUGAAAUGCUAGUUGAACUGUAAAAAGUGAAAGCAAUUGAAAUGUCAGUUAAAGCUAAAGCACCAGAGAUAGUUGAACCAUGUGCACUGUUAAUAGUUGAAGUGUCAGUUGGUGUGUUAGCAGUGACAGCAGUUAAAAUGUCAGUUGAAAUAAUGGAUGGAAUAACAAUAUGUACCAUGGACUUUGGAUAAUGAAAAAAGUACACCUUUCUCCCAUUAACCACCAGUCUAAAAAUUGUGCAGUUUACACAUUAUAAACACACUUUGGUAGAGUAGCACUAUCACAAAUGUCAAAAAUACAAAAAAAAAUAAAUAAAGGAAGAAGCAGCAUUGACUUUGGCACAACCCCUGCACCACCUUUCAGUUCAUACAGCACUGCCAAAAGUCACAGUGUGGUUUUGGCAUGUAUAUACACAUACGCGCAUGCACACAGCAGCUACAGUAGCGUAUGGAAUGGAAACAGCUCGAAAAGCUCUGCGUUUGUGGUGCAAAUUUGUCAAAAGCAUCCAGCAGAGGCAUUAAUCAUGGCACGUAAGCAAUCUGUGAAUCAUUAUCGAGACUAUAGAGCCGUAUGCUGUAUGACCCAAACUAUCACAGUACUGUAACAUAUACCCUAUAUUUCUUCAGUUUAUAUACAAAAUCCCCAUAUAAGGCAUGUCCAUGUGCCACUACAAUGAUCUAUAUGUUAUUAGUGUACUCUGCAAGUUAAUAAUCCACAAUGACAUUCAGGAUAUGAUUGGUAAAUUCACAUAGUUGUUGCAUGCACAUAUGGCACCCAUUUUCUUGAUAUGCAUGGAAUACAAACAUUUGGGUUUUCCCUCCACAAUAAAGACAAUUUUUGUGUUUUUCCUCUUUGUCAAGUUUGGAAUGACAGCCACAUCCUUUGCGGCCCUGAGGGACGCAGCAACAGCCAAUCGAUUGAUCACCAUGCCCCCGAUCUUUGUGUGCUCUCUGUGGCCUCUGACCUCCAUAUCAUCCGCUGACAGCUCCUACUGCUUCCUUCACAGCUCUGGGGGUUUCAACCCUCCCCUGCAGAGACAGUGAUGCACUCGCUCUGCUUGUUUGUCACCACAUUCUGGAGGCUUCCUCUCUCAGCGUGGGAUUACAUGGUGUGGCAAUGGAUACGUGCACCACAAAACACAACACCCACACACUUGGGUUGUUGCAUUUCCCCUAACCAACUGAUAACAGCCCACAUGACAUACCCUCCCAAAGGAGAGGUAAAGUCCAGGUUUUGUUAUGUAGCCAAGUAAAGAGUGACUCACAGGGGUUACCACAGUCAUUCAAAGAGAUCCGGAGGUCACAAGGAACCAUCAAGGUAGUGUAACAGGAGAGGGAUGUCCUCAGGCCUCGACCCCUCCCCUGCUCUGGAUGGAAGAUGGUCCUUGUGCCUCUGGAAGGAUGCAUGACUCUUUACACAUCAAUGAUUUCUACAGGGAAAAUGUUAGAUGUAUUUAUAUGUUAAAAUAAGUGUAGAUUUAUAUCAGUAUUUUUGGAAAAUAAUACAUGCUACUUAUUUUAUGAAAAACAAAUUAGGCAAUGUGUUGACAUCAUGUGAAGAUUUUCUUUGUUUAUUUUCAUUCUCGUGCUUCUUUGAGCUUUGAUCCCAGACUCAAAAGGUAGGCUUGCAGAGGGGUGUGCUAGUGGCCUGGACACAGGCUUUGAAACCCAACACUGUCUGCCUCCAGUAUCCCCAGGGAGCCCAUGAAAGUGAUGUAAUGGGGAGAGUGGUUUGGGAAUCAUCGGUGGGCAGCGGGGUGGUAUAGUGGUUAGGAACACAGAUCAAAUGGCUUAAUUUCCACAGCCUUCAGAUCCCAUUUGACAUUAAUUGCCCACCUGGCAAGACCAGCAGUUACCAACACUUAGUUAUGCCCAUUAGAACAACGAGGUGAAUUAAAGCUCAAUUAUAGCUUUCUGGGAAUAUAUCUGAAAACACAAUGCCUGCGGGCCAUGCAAAGCCUUGUGGUAGAAACUGUGAGAACUCACAUAGCCAGUACAUGCUGAGAAAUGACCUUGAUUAAAGGGACAGGUCAACCCAAAAAUACAUAUUUUUGAUUUUCCCUUAUCCCUUUAAGGGAGUAUUGCUAAGUACUUACCAUGUGCAAGUUUUGGCACUGAGAAAUCUGACAUCACAGAUGCUAAGAAGCUUAGCUCCGCAUCUUUCAAAUAAUCAUGCGAUCAUCUUGGGAAAUAAACAGUGAAUUUGAAGUCUGGCUUUGGGAAAGCUGGAGCAGGCUUUUGUAUAUCUCCCACAUGGUCUUUGAACAAUAUGUCAGAUUUUCAUCAACUGUGUUUGGCAUUUUGACCAAGGGCUUCUCGGACAAUAUACCAUAAUAUGUCCCCCAUCUACAGCUGUCAUUGUGCCUUCUGGGCUGGUACCACAAAGUGCAAUAACUGGAGAAAAAUUUCCUCAUCUAAGCGCCAGCUCCCCACCAUCCACCCCACUGCCCCUCCUUCCCACCAGCAAGCUCCCUUUUGUCCUGGAUUGUUGGUAAGCUCCUUGCAUUUCUGUGUCCUCCAUGUGUGGAGGGAUAAAGGAUACAGGGUUCCACAUAGACAUCUGUCCCGCAGAUAUGGUGCAAAUGCAUCUCUGCGAUAUGGAUAUCACUUCACUUCAUAUUCAUUCAAGCUAUUCUAUAUGGAUUUUCACGCAACACUCUUCCUGCUUAGGACGCAUCAAUACAUUCAAGUCCCCUGACAGUGCAUCCAAUUGUUACAGCUACACAAUGGUUAUAUAUGAACAAACCCAUGGUGCUUACAAUGUAAAAUAGCAAGCAUGAUGUCUGGACAAUGUUACCAUAAAAUAUAGUACUGAAAUAUAGAUGUUUUUUAGAGUGUGGAAAGGGUUUCUCUUUUGUGCAGAAAAGAAUACAUAAUCCUCUUUAUUGCUCUGAAUUAUUUGCUACUGUAUCAAAUAUUGGUAUUAUGAUGAAAUGGAUACACAUCAUGAUACUGUAAAUCAAUGGUUCCCAACCUUUUUUUGUCAGACGUAUUCCCACACAGCCCUGUCGGAUGAACUCAACCUUCAUCAACAAUAUUUCAACCAUUUACCCAUUACUUUUGAGAAACUAUUUGAACUGUUUAUUCAUUCAUUUUAGCUAUCUAUUUAACCAUUUAUACAUUACUUUUAGCUAUUUCAUAAUUUAUCCAAUCUUCCCAUUGGAUUGAAUUGCAGAGGUACUCCUGGCUGGGAAUCACUGCUGCAAAUGAUAUGCCUAUAAUAUGACAACAUGGUUGCUAAUUGCAUCAUAACACAUAAAAUGCAUCCACACACACACACCCUUUACUUGGUAAAACUGGCAAGGCCUUUGUCACUGUUAUAUAACCCAUCUGCUACCCUGCUGCAGGGUGCUGAGGAUCACCUUCCAAUCAGGAGAGCCAGCCCCUUCAGCUGCACUGCUUGGCUUGCCCUACCAUGAACCAUAUCAUCAACUCUAAUUGCCCAUUAAGUCUGUGCCUACAAUAACAAUGCAACGUCAUAUUUCCAUGUUAGUUAAAAAAUACGACCAUUGCGAUGUUGACUUUGAAGCCAAUUCAGCGACUGUUAGUGCCAAUUGAUCCAGAGGUACGUCAGCAGUGGCCACAGAACAGAUGCUGGCGCAGCAGCAUGCCUGACGCAGAUCACAGCUGGCAGCUCUCUCUGCAGCCAACCUGACAGGUUACAUCAGUUAUACAAGCAGUAUUAAAAAAACAAGCCGAAAAAGCCUUGCAUGUAUUUUCACUUUGAAAUGACCUGAAGAUGCUUUGGUGUUGAAAUAAAUAUCUUUGCCAGAGGGUUUCUAUUAAAAACCUUGAUACAACUGCCAGACUUCGGAGCUCACGCAGAGUCAGUGAAAUUCCACUUGCAGCGAGUCUGUCUGAUCUGAACUAUCAACAGAACUCAUGAACCUUGAAUGUUCUUGAGCUACUUUAGUCUCUAAACCCCCAAACCCCACAAGUGGGUUCCUCCCCCAAGAAAAUUUGAUGUUAUUUGCCUAAAAACUAUGCAUUUUCCCAUAAUUUUAGACUACUAUCAUUACAAUAUUUAUAUUUAAAAAAAACACAUUGUAGUCACAUUACACUGACAUUUGCAAGAAAGAGUUAAACUAAUAUGCUCACUGAUGAAGCCAGCGUGAUGUCCUGAAGUUAUCCUUCACAUUUCUGUGAGUGCUCGCGCUGUGUGCCAUAAAAAAAAUAAUAAUCACAAAAUACCAUUGGUUAAACAAAGCUUAUAGUGAAGGGAUUUGAACUACGAUUUGCUCAUCCUCCCAAAGUCAGGGUGAAGCCACUAACCAGCUGUAGGGGUGGGUAUCGUUAGGACUGUAUCUUUAUCUUAUCCAUACUCUUAUCAGCCCGGUUCUUUAUCAAUACUGUUACUGGUUCAUUUUCAUUACUAAAGAACUGGGGUUUUUUAAAUUAUAAUUUAAAAAAAAAAGAAUACAUUUAUAACAGGAUUAUAAUUGAUAUAUAUUUUAAAUAUAACAAAAUAUUGUUUCUAGAGCAGCAACAGUUUACAACAGCAAAGUCACUUUAUACACUCAAUAAUAUCUCACUGGAAACAAAUCUAAAAUGUCAGUCAAAUAAAUAGCCUAAUAUUCCUGACGUCAAAAUACCGAGUGAAGUUUAGAAAGAAUGAAGAACGCAGACAUCAGUCAGGAGGAAGGAUGUUUGUGUGUGCAUGUAUAGGAGCUGAGCCCCGCCCUCGGUCAAACCGGGUCAAACACGCAGAGGAGAGGACAGAGAAGCCAGUGCGACCAUAAAAUAUUUGUUAACGGAUCUGCAUCUGCAUGAUUCAAAUGGGUCACAUUUUUAGGUUGGAAAAUUCAGAAUUCUGUAUAAAUCUGGAAAAAUCACAUCGCCGAUACAUACUGAAAACAAGCUACAAAAUUGAAUACCUCUGAAAAUGGCGUUUAAGACUCUUUAAGACUUUUUAAGACUUUUUCAGCACAUUAAUUGUAGCUAAAUUGAUUUAUCAACUUUUAAUACUUUUUAAGACCCCACGGACACCCUGAUAGCUGUAAACCCUUCAGAGACCUCUGAACUAUACCAUUGGAAUAAAUCCUUGCACUCGGACAUCUCAAAAAUCCGAUAUCACACCAUUUAUCCUUUAAUGUAAUCUGAGUGCACAUGGAUAGAAAUUCCAUUAUCUCCCGGGGUGAAGCAUAAAUCCCCAGAAACUAAAAUGAAGCAUAUUUAUUUGUACUGCUGAAUAUGAAAACAAGACUGAAGCUUAUCAUCAUGAACACAUUUGUAACUGCUGAAAUCUUACAUCUUUAAAUGUAAGAAAUGAAUACCAGAGAAAAACAAUCUUGUUGUUGAAAGACAAUAACUGUUUAUUUUGCAAUUUUUUUGUUCAUGCUAGUGGAUGAAUAAACCACGAAAGAAUUGGGCAUAGUUGCACCGUUAAAUAUUGACUAAUUUUCAGUGAGCACAUCCUCGGGUUGACGGGACAAACACAAGGGAGGCUCAUAUAGCAAAGAACUAAAUUAAUAAACAGGGGCACUGCUUUGUUUGCCCCUUUAUGAAACAAACAGCACCACUUACAACAAAUGAAUAUUAUACAUAUUAUAAUAAAUGAGAAAUGCCUGCUAGAGGCUUGAAAAGACCAGCAGCUAAAUAAAAAAAAAUAAAAUGAAACAGAGCUGUUUUGAAGACUAGUGGUCUUUGGCUCUGAGAGCACGGGAUAUUUACACACUAAGUGAACAAUUCCCCCACUUCUAAUGAAUUAUUCAGCAUGCAAUCCAUUUUGAGGCUGUAUGAGAAAUUAAAAAAUAAAUUGUGUACAUAAAUACAUGCAUGUGACACACUAACUCUUCCAGCAGCUAG